AGAUAAUAAGUGAUGUAUGUUUCGACUGUUAGUAGUUCGGUGCCUCUCUACCUACACUUGCUUAGUAAAACUCAUUCAAUGACUUCCUACGUUAGGUUUAGGAACACUUCGUUCUUCGAUAGUACCUUUCAAUUAUUUAAAAACAUUUCGUUUGACCUUAAGCCUAAUCAAAACUGGGCUAUUGUUGGUUCUGUUGGCAGUGGACGCACAUCAUUCCUUAAGUGUCUUGCAGGAGGCUAUACCCCCUCACCGGCGACAAGUUUUUCUCAUCCAUAUUUUCGAGAAAAAAAUCUUGAUCCGUACCUGACGAUUCAGUUUCUCGACUUUAAAGAAACUGGAACUCAAGCUGCGGCAUAUUAUACAGAGCGUUACCAUAGUUUACGUGAUCCUGAACAUGACCGAACAUUGGAACAAUGGUUAAAAAAUGCCUAUCAUGGUAACCAGCGUGAUGCUUCUGCUGCUGUCAAAAGGGCUGCUGAUAGCGUCCGUUUGACUGAAUUGUUACCUUAUAGUAUAAUAAAUCUCAGCAACGGACAGUCCAGAGCUGCAAUGCUGGCAGCAAAGUUACUUCGACAACCGGAAAUGCUCCUUAUUGAUGAACCAUAUUCUGGAAUGGAUGUGAAAGCUAGAAAAUCAUUCUCGGAAAUUUUUGGGGAAUUGAGCAAUCACAAUUGUCCAAAAAUUGUUUUGAGUCUUCGAGAGCAAGACGAAACUCCUGAAUACAUCACACACAUUUUACAGCUCAAUAAUAGAAAGGUGGUUUAUCAAGGACCUUCGGAUCACUUUAUGCCUCAGGUUCAUAGCACUUUCCAGAAACCUGAAACGAUUGUGCAACACAACAUCGGAAAGCCACUUGUGGUCCUUAAAGAUGUGAAUUGUCAGUACUAUGACCGCAGUGUUUUGCGCACGAUUUCGUGGACCAUUCGUGAAGGCGAACGCUGGGCACUACGGGGAGCAAACGGAAGCGGAAAGACGACUCUACUUGCGUUUGUUGUUGGUGAUCAUCCCAAAGCGUUCGCUGUCGAUGUAAAGUAUUUUGGAACAGCAAUUGGUCCAGGAAGUCACGUAUCUAUCUUGGACUUGCAACAAAAUAUUGGACAUACAUCUCCGGAAAUUUUCAAUCAUUUCCCUAAGCAGUUAACGGUUAUGCAAACUCUGUUGAGUGCGUGGAAUACGAACUUCAGACCAGUGAAGGAGACAGAUGAAAGAGUGGAUGCUAUACAGAGAAUACUUUCCUACUUCCAACUCCAAAAGUAUGCACAGACACCACUUUCUGAGUUAAGUAUUGGCUUGCAAAGAUUCUUUCUGUUUUGUCGUGCCUGCGUGAAGCAACCCAAACUUUUGAUUCUAGACGAACCUUUCCAAGGUGUCGAUACUCAAUUGGUGCAGAAGGCGCAUUGCUGGCUUAAUGACAAACUUCUUCCCUCUCAAGCAAUGGUUAUUAUUUCUCACUACGACGAAGAAAUCCCCAGUUGUGUAAAUGCUAGUGCACAACUUGAACAGGGAAAGCUCCGCAUUACGGUCCCUCCUCCCUCACCUUCUUCUUAGAUAUGAUUUCUUUUAAUCGUAUCAAUAUCUCAGUCUAUAAAACUUCAAAAUACUUAAUGUUUCACCACCUGCCCUUCGAACCAAAACAUUGGAACCCUUAAAGCCACGACACUCCAUUUGCUUUAUGAUUUCGUUUGGUUUGUUUCUGGCCACUGUCACAAGAUAAAAAACACCAGUGGGAGAUAAUAUGUCCUAAAGAACAGUUAGUCGAUAUUUUCUUAAAACACAUCAAUUCAUCGCAGUGUCAAAAACCCACGUACAUCGAGCGAGUCUAGCAAUUUUGAAGUUACUUCCAUCCCAUCAAAUCCCCCUGCCCAAGCUGCUGCUAUCGUUCCCUCUAAAGGUAUCUCCUGAGUCUCUGUAGGAACAUACGGGGGAUUGAAAAUAAGAAUAUCCACAGAUUUCCGAAGUCUUAAAGCUUGAAUAAAUCUUGUAUUUAUAAUAUCAGAGAAGGAUUCUGAACAAGACGGUGUCUUGUUUUUCGCCAUUGUAAUGCUCGAAGCCCGGCAAGCUAACAUGGAAAUAUCAGUAGAAAAAUAUACUUUGGACAAUUAGUACAUGUAAUCACUCCAUAUUUUGUAAAGGCAGAAACACAACCUGAACCGGAUCUGUACAUAUCGUUAAUAAUCAUUAAGAUGUAGGACUCGACUCAUAUACCCAAUUUCUACAACAAUAGGUAAUGCAUUUUUAUAUUUUUCUCGUAGCUCUUCUGCAUCCUCUUCUAAAGCAUCAAGUAAAGCAAAAGUAUCCUCUUUUAAUGGUUAGAAAAAAAUUAAUUGUGCUAAAAAGCAAUAGCUUGUGAGAUUAUGCCAUACCAGCUGGUUCAUACACAUCCCAAAACUGUUUUUCACUUAAAUGAUCGGUAUUUGGUGUUGGAAUUCCCAUAUUACUAUUAUUUUUUAGUUUUCGUCCUCAUCAAUGGUGAUCAGGAUUCGUGUGGAAACUCGUUGUUUUAUAAAUCGUAACUAGUAAAUGUUCAAUCUCUUUGCAAGAUUAAUCUACAUGUCAAUACAAAUAAAGAAGAAACAAUUGGGCAUCAGACUCUGACAUAAAAUCAAAAAAAUAAAAACACUUAUAUUAACGCGCUUGUAAGAUUUUUGGCUAUCGGUAUUUACGAACCGUAUUAGAGAAGCCUUGAAUGCUUAAUCCUAAAAUGGAAGAGCAGAUUUGUUGUCAGUAAGUAUGUAUAUAUGUCACUAAAAGCUAAAUGAUUCUGUUCGAGCGUGUGCUGCAUCUACUAAACAAGUGUUGUUGAGGGGUAUGUACUGACGUGUAAGAAACUAUUUAGAUUAGUAAAUUGAAUAUUUGAAGUUGAUGCACUUAUAACAUAUCGAGAGUACUUACUUUUAUAGCUUCCUGCGCAGCAAUAGCUCCAAUAAAAGCAGAAACGGAGUGAAUUUCAGCUCCUGCAGAACGAGAACUAGUUGGUUAGCUCAAGCAUUCAGAUAAAAUUGAGAAUACAUACAUUUCUCUGCAUGCAUU